GAGGUGUUUUGUUGGGUGUGUAACCAAAAGGAGAGGGGAGAGGGAAGGGAGGAACUGCAACACAACGGCUGACUUAAAAAUAAAAUCUUUACUCAGAACACUGCUUAAUCCGAUCAAUCCCAGGUGUAGUAGAUUUGGCCACUGUGUAUGGGAGAAUUAUGGGUAGUCCCUGGAAAGGUUUUGUCGAGUUUACCUUGCCGGCGUCGCCACCUGCAGCGUUCGUUAGCGCUGACCUGAACAGCACCUCACCCGUCGGGCUCAGCCUGUCACCCUACGGCCAAUCUAUGAGUUUUGACCCCAGUCUGCUGCAUAAUAAUGGUCAUGGUGGCUUUGCCAAUGGAACGGGCAUGGGAAUUCGUGAGACGGGAGUGGUUGAAAAGCUGCUAGCAUCAUAUGGCUUCAUUCAGUGCUCUGAGAGACAGGCCCGCCUCUUCUUUCACUGCUCUCAGUACAACGGCAACCUGCAAGAGCUAAAGAUCGGAGACGAUGUGGAGUUUGAGGUGUCGUCUGAUAGACGCACUGGCAAACCAGUUGCGGUGAAGCUGGUAAAAAUCAAGGCAGAAAUGUUGCCAGAAGAGCGAAUUUCUGGGCAGGUGGGGCCUGACUUGCACGCCUCUCCUUUAACUGUGCUGCAUGGUUUUAUUCAUCCAGUAGUGUCAGCUAUUCCUUCUCACUUGGACGGGAAGUCCGCACCUGGACAAGUGCCCACUGGCAGUGUGUGUUAUGAGAGGAAUGGAGAAGUGUUUUAUUUGACCUACAUCCCUGACGAUGUUGAAGGCAACGUCACUUUAGAUACUGGAGAUAAAGUCAGUUUUUACAUGGAGACCAACAAGCAUACUGGUGCUGUUAGUGCUCACAACAUUGUAUUGGUAAAGAAGAAACAGUCAAGAUGUCAGGGAGUUGUUUGUGCUACCAAGGAGGCCUUUGGAUUCAUUGAACGAGGGGAUGUUGUGAAGGAGAUCUUCUUCCACUACAGUGAGUUUAAAGGAGAUCUGGAGGCUCUACAAGCUGGAGAUGAUGUGGAAUUCACCAUUAAAGAAAGAAAUGGCAAGGAAGUGGCCACAGAUGUGAAACUGUUGCCUCAGGGCACUGUUAUAUUUGAGGACAUCAGUAUUGAGACUUUUGAGGGCACUGUCACCAAGGUUAUUCCCAAGGUCCCCACCAAGAAUCAGAAUGACCCGCUGCCUGGGCGAAUCAGUGCCAGAAUUAAUUUCACUGACAAAGAGCUGCUAUUCGGCGAGAAGGACACCAAGGCCAAAGUGACGCUGCUGGAGGGCGACCAUGUCCAUUUCAAUAUAUCCACUGACCGUCGGGACAAACUGGAGAGAGCAACAAAUAUCGACAUCCUCCCUGACACCUUCCAUUUCACAAAGGAGACUCGUGAAAUGGGUGUGAUAGCUGCCAUGCGUGAUGGUUUUGGAUUCAUUAAGUGUGUGGACCGUGAUGCCCGAAUGUUCUUCCAUUUCAGCGAGGUUCUGGAAGAGAGUCAACUGCACAUUUCUGAUGAAGUGGAAUUCACUGUUGUCCCUGACAUGCUGUCAGCCCAAAGGAACCAUGCCGUACGGAUCAAAAAGCUGCCCAAGGGCACGGUGUCGUUCCACACUCAAUCUGAGCUGCGUUUUGUGGGGAUGGUGGAGAAAGAAGCUAUGUGUGCUACCACCACCAAGAACUCCAGCCCCAGCAAGGGCAAAGAGAAGAAAAAAGACAAGGGUAAAGUUGAAAAGGAUGCAGAGGAAGGCUUGAUUGCGUAUGAAGACAGUGGAGUGAAGAACACGCUUCCCUACUAUAUUAAAGACCUAGAGGGAGGUGCUUACCCACAGGUUGGAGACAAGGUGGAGUUCUCCAUCAGUGAGGUAAAACGCACUGGACAGCAAAGCGCUGUGUCCCUCAAGAUCCUUAAUCGUGUUGUUGGCACCAAGAGGCUUCUGGGAUACAUUGCAACACUGAAGGAUAACUUUGGCUUCAUAGAAACAGCCAAUCAUGAUCAGGAGAUCUUCUUCCACUACAGUGAGGUGUGUGGGGAUGUGGAUAAUAUGGACCUGGGAGAUACAGUGGAGUACACUCUAUCCAAGGGCAAAGGAAACAAAAUCAGUGCUGAGAAGGUCACCAAAGUUGCAGCUGUGAAUGGUGUAGGAGAAGAUGUGAGUAAUACCGUGUUCCUGGGGAAAGUGGUUCGGUCCUUGCGCAGUGUGGACCCUUCUCAGACUGAUUAUCAAGGCCUUAUUGAGAUCACAGAGGAAGGAGCCAGCAAGGGUCAGAGUUAUCCGUUUGGCAUCGUUGGUAUGGCCAAUAAAGGUGACUGUCUGCAAAAGGGUGAGAUGGUGAAGUUUCAGUUGUGUACAGUGGCCCAGACAGGACAAAAUAUGGCCUGCAAUAUUGUGCCUCAGCGUAGAGCCCUGGUGGAGUGCGUCAAAGAUCAGUUUGGUUUCAUCACGUACGAAGUUGGAGAGAGCAAGAAGCUGUUUUUCCAUGUCAAGGAGGUGCAGGAUGGUCUGGAGCUCCAGGCCGGUGAUGAAGUGGAGUUUUCGGUUAUCCUGAACCAACGCACAGGCAAAUGCAGUGCCUGCAAUGUUCGCAGAGUCAGUGAGGGUCCAAAACCAGUAGCAACACCUCGACCUGACAGACUGGUCAAUCGCUUGAAGAGCAUCACUCUUGAUGACACCAACGCACCCCGUCUAGUUAUUAUCAGACAGCCUCGUGGCCCAGACAAUUCAAAGGGCUUCAAUGUAGAGAGGAAAUCCCGCCAACCUGGUGUUACUGACUGAGUACUGUUCACCCCUCUCUUCUGCCUCCUCACUAUGGAAGAAACACCUUGAAGAAAAGCAAUCAGACAGAGGGCAGAGGAAGGGAUUUGUGUGUCUGUUUAGUUCGCUCAUUUUCUCUCACACACAAACACAAUUCACAGAGUAACAAACCCAUCAAGACUUGAAAAUUAUCACACACAAUUCCCUUCCUUUGUCACAGGAUCCCUUGCAAAAAAAAAAAAAAAUCCUCAUCUCAUUGUCUUCAUCGUAUGUGUGACGUUUUUGUGUGGUUGUAAUUUGAGCAAAACCCCUCGUGUUGUAUGAGCGUGUGUGUGUGUGGUAUGCAUCACAUGUAAACUUGUAAGGUUAUGCAGAGGAUAUGAGGGGAAAUAUAAGGGGUUUGUAGUUCUCACAUCUUUAGAUUGAGAUGUGGGCACUGUUUGACCCGUUUUUCGUUUCUGCUGAAAUUGAAAUGCCAGGAAUUCUGCACCUGCUGCUGUGUGAGUGAAUUAUUGUUUUAGAGUAGCUUUGCCUGUCUGUAUUUUGACCUCCGUUAUAUAUACUUUAUUCUUCCUGUAUCACUUGAAUCCUUCUCAUGUUGAGUUUCUCACCCAGGUGAAGUCGAGAUAUUGCUGGGCUCUUUCUGCUGAGAAAUAAAGUGACUUUAAGGUUCUUUUCGCUCACGUUUUCCAUACCAAUUCCAUAGGUUUUAAUAUGGAUCUGAAAACUUAAUAAAUUUUCUCUCUGCUCAGAACCCGCUUGUGUAUGGUUUUUGAUGUGUAAAUUACAAAUUUUUGAUUAUUUUCAAAUUACAUUGGCUUGUUUUCUUUUUAAAGAGCCUUUAUUUUAAUUCCUGUUUUGAUUUCAUAAGCUCAGUCUGUUUAUGGGCAAGUGCAGAAUUCCUAAUGGCAUUUUGUAGCCUGCGGUCCUUUUUAUAUAGCUCUUUUUCUUUGCACAUGUACUUUUCUUUUUUUCCUUUGAGUUCUACUUAAUGUCUGCUAAUGAAUAAAUAAAGAAAAAGGUGCCUAAAAACAAAAAAAAUUGGUGUCUCUAUCCUCGAACAGCCGCCAAAAUAUAAGCGCAAUUGUGGGGUGGCUCUCCCCCCCCCUGUGGGUUGCAGUAUAUUCUAGGUAAUGUGUGCUUUUACUUGGGUGGACUUUUUGAGAACCUGAAUAAAACAAAUGUAUGCAGGACAUGAGAAAUGGGGGAAGUGUAAUGAGUAAAAUUUCAAAAACGUGCAAAGAAAUUUGAUUACAUGGAUGGAGGCUAUUUGCAGUGCUUCUUAAGACAAAUGGAGCUAUAACUCUUGAAUAUUCUCUGGAGCACCCUCAGUUUGUGUUGAACCUUAAGGUUCUACAUACUUUUGUUAAUGGUCUUGAAUGAAACAAUUGAAAUAAACAUUUUAUGAGAAUCAAA